AUGGGCAAGCUAUACACGCUGGGAAUCCUGCGCACGGUCAACUGUCGCAAGGACUUCCGCGAGAGACUCGCGUCGACGGACCUCGGCCGGCACACACUCUCGAGCUACCAGUGGAACCAGGAGCCGUUGGUCGCUGCUGCACCUGUGAAUUGGGGUCCAGUCAUGGAGUCAGCCCUCGGUCACGAACGUCCGACCAAGAGAUAA